AUGGGCUACUCUAUCACCAGUUUCAUUGAUGACACACUGAUUUGUAAUAAGUCUAAAGCUGGAUGUAUUGCUUGUGUAACUGAUACUAUUGACUUGUUGCACAGAUUGGGAUUUUGUAUUAAUGUACCAAAGUCAGUGUUGCAGCCCACUCAGUCAAUUGAAUAUUUGGGGAACAUCAUUGACACUAAUUCUAUGACUGUUUCUUUACCGGAACGACGGAUUCUGAAACUCACUCAAGCUUGUCAGAAACUUAAGAACAAAAGUCAUGACAAGAUUAGAGAAGUGGCUAGGGUUACAGGUCUUUUGGUUGCUGCCUUUCCAGCAGUGGAAUUGGGAAAAUUGCACUACAGACAAUUAGAGGCAGCUAAAAUUGCGGCUUUACAGUGUGCUCAAGGUAAUUUUGACAGUUGCAUGAAAAUUACAGAGGGUAUGCGGACAGACCUUCAAUGGUGGCUCGAAAACACAUCAACACAGGUUAGGAGAAUUUUUCGUCCUGGUACUGAUAUUGACAUUUACACUGAUGCUUCCAACACAGGUUGGGGGGGACACGUGAAUGCUCAGUCUAUUUCUGGUACUUGGUCUCUAGCUGAAAGAUUAUUGCACAUUAAUGUUUUGGAGCUCAAAGCUAUUUUGUUGGUGUUGCAAGGUUUUACACCACUUCUUUCAGGGAAACACAUUAAAGUUUAUUGUGAUAACACCACUGCAAUGACCUAUGUGAAUGAAAUGGGUGGUACUAAAUCUCUCACUUGCAAUGACAUUGCUAUCCAGAUCUGGGAUUGGUGCCUCACUUCCAAUGCUUGGAUCACUUGUUCACAUAUUCCGGGCAAGGAAAACACUUUGGCAGACAUGGCCUCGCGCUUGGUGAACGACAGGCAUGAAUGGAAGCUUGAUCCACGUAUUUUCCAACAAUUGUGUAAAGUGUUUGGUACACCAACUAUUGAUUUGUUUGCCUCUAGGAUAAAUAACCAGGUACCUUCAUAUUGCUCAUGGAGACCAGACCCAGGGCAAUGCAUGUGGAUGCAUUCUCUUUAA